AUCAGUGAAUGGAACUACACGCCCCCAGCAUGAAAGAAAGCGGCUCCAUGUGUCAGGUGGAGCAGCUGCUCUGCUCCAGCAUCUCAGUCCCUGACACAGGAACUGGGCUGUGUCGCCUGAAUGCCAAAGGACACCACAAUUACCACCCCUACAGCCAGCAGGCCUGGAUGGGCAGCUCAGCUCCAGCCGUAGCUCUGGCCUCAGCCCUUGCCUCCGCCACAGAAACCCGGCACAGGGCCAACGGGGUGUCUGCCUUGUGCAGCAGCCCAGAGUGUCCAGCUUCCAGACUGGAUGAGGGAAUGGCCCUGGCCAAGAGAGGUGCUGGGGUUGGAGCAGGGAAAGUGCUGGUGACAGGGGGAGCAGGGUAUUUUGGAUUCAAGCUGGGCCGAGCGCUGGCCAGUCAGGGGGUGGAGGUGGUCCUGCUGGAUCUGCACAAGCCACCCUGGGAGACUCCCGAUGGAGCCCUCUUCCAUCAGAGUGACAUCUGUGACUAUGACUCUCUCCAUAAGGUGUGCGAGGAGGUGGACUGUAUCUUCCACACAGCUUCCUUUGGAAUGUCUGGCCCAGAACAGCUGAGGAAAGAGCAGGUGGAGUCUGUCAAUGUUGGAGGGACAAACAACGUCAUUAAAGUGUGUUUGGAGAAAGGUAUCCCCAGACUGGUUUACACCAGCACGGUCAACGUGGCAUUUGCUGGCAAACCGAUCGAGGAGGGUGACGAGGAUUCUGUCCCCUGUGUGCCCCUGGACAUGCACAUAGAUCACUACUCCAGAACCAAAGCUGUUGCUGACCAGAUGGUCCUCUCAGCCAAUGGGUGCUCUCUCAAAGGUGGGGGCAUGUUGCGGACCUGUGUUCUCCGACCAUCCGGUAUCUAUGGCCCAGAAGAGAGAAGACACCUACACAGAGUCAUGGGGAACGUGGAGCGCAGGUUGUUUAGCUUCAGUUUUGGGAACCCCCUGGCCAGGAUGAACUGGGUCCAUGUAGACAACCUUGUGACAGCCCACACACUGGCUGCUGAGGCCCUCACCACUAGGAAGAACUGUGUGGCAAGUGGACAGGCCUAUUUCAUCAAUGACGGAGAAUCAGUUAACUUGUUUGAGUGGUUGACCCCAUUGUUUGAGAAGCUGGGUCACAGUCGACCCAUGAUACACCUGCCUGUGUCACUGGUGUAUUCCGCAGCCAUCCUAAUGGAGUGCUUACAUGUUGCUCUGAGGCCCCUAGUGGAAGUCCCUUUGCUGUUCACCAGAAAUGAGGUCCGAAACAUUGCUGUGAGCCACACCUUCAAGAUUGAUAAGGCCCGUCGAGACCUUGGCUUCUGCCCCAAACAUUACAGCCUGGCGGACUCUGUGGAUCAGUACCUGAGGUCUCGACCCCUGACAUCUAGCUCCUCUCUCCUGAGCCUCUCCAAGGAUUCUCCCCUGGUCCUGCUUCUAGUGGUGGGGAUCAGUCUCACUGUGCUGCUGCUCAGCUUCUUGCUCUGGGAGCACUAGCCAUCUAGAUAGCCCAUUAGCCUAAAACACAACCCCAAACAGUGUAGCCCCUGACUCAGGUGGGUCUUCUAUAAUAUCCUUCUAAAUCUAUAGAAAACAGUAACAUAUAAGGUUAUUUUCUUGAUGGUUUUAUUGUUCCAUUGGAGAUAGUUUUUUUCUAUGAUAAGCUGUGCUUGAUAGUAAGUAACAUAAAGUUUUUAGUGUUUGUAUGUUUUCUUUUUCAUUUGGUUAAGAUGCUAGGUUAUUAUAAAGAAGAUGGUAUAAUGUGUACAAGGCUCCACUACUAUGUAUAAGUCACAUGUCAUAUGUUCCACCUGAAAGGACUGCUCAGCUGGUAGCCCGAGUUGACCCACAAAAUGGUGGGUCAGAGGAAUGUACUGCAUGACUUUUGACUCUUCUUUCUAUAUUCCUUGUAUGCAACAAAAUGUCACAAAUACAAUCUGGUCACGAAUACUGUUGAUAAAGUACUUUAACCUAAAAGCUAUAGUUAGUUUACUGCUAUUCCUAAAGAAGAAUGUGUUUCAGUUUUGUAUGCAUGUGGCAUCUGACUCAUCUGACUCAUGUAUAAUGUUACUUAGAGUUUAACAUUUUGGCAGACUGUAGGCAAAACUAUUUCUGACAAAGACAAUGCUUUUUUUAAAUACUGUAUUUAGAUGCACAGUAGUACAAAACUUUGUUAGUAAAUAACGCAUGCUUCUCCCCACUUCUUCAAUGUUGGGUUUUUGUUGUGAUUUUCUU